GAAGCGGAGGCCAGGCUGACGCUAAUGGCGGCACCCACAGAGCAAGUCGUCGGGUGCGUGGAAGAGGCGGCAGCGGAAGAAAAACCGCGAAUUCUGGAGCCUGGGGCCGCCCCAUUCGGAAAUUUCCCCCAUUAUUCCCGUUUCCACUCUCCAGAGGAACGACUCCGUCUCUUGCCCCCGGAGCUGCUUCGCCAGCUCUUCCCUCGCAGUUCCGAGACAAGGCCGAUCCUGGGGCUCGACGUGGGGUGUAACUCCGGGGAUCUGAGUGUGGCCUUAUACAAACACUUCCUUUCCCAACGUGACGGGGAGACCUGCUCAGAUGCCACAGGAGAACUUUGUUUCCUCUGCUGUGACAUCGACCCAGUCCUGGUGGAGCGAGCUAAGAAAGAAUGCCCUUUUCCUGAUGCCUUGACCUUUAUCACCUUGGACUUCAUGAAUCAAAAGAGUCAGAAGGUUCUCUUAAACUCUUUCUUAAAUCAGUUUGGACGAUCAGUUUUUGACAUUGGCUUCUGCAUGUCAGUAACCAUGUGGAUUCAUCUGAACCAUGGGGAUCAUGGCCUGUGGGAAUUCCUGGCCCACCUUUCAUCUCUCUGCCACUACCUCCUUGUGGAGCCACAGCCCUGGAAGUGUUAUCGGGCUGCUGCAAGGCGUGUCCGGAAACUGGGCCUCAAUGAUUUUGACCACUUCCAUUCCCUUGCCAUCCGAGGUGACAUGGCAAGUCAGAUUGUACGGAUUUUGACCCAGGACCAUGGAAUGGAGCUAGUAUGCUGCUUUGGCAACACCAACUGGGACCGAAGUCUUCUGCUUUUCAGGACAAAACAAACCACAGAGACUCAGCCAAUCCCUGAAUCACUGAUAGAAGAAUGGAAAAGAAAGGAAGAAGUUACGAAUCUAGAGACAGUGAGAUGGGAGAGCAUAGAUACCAAUAAAGAAGUAGUGAAAAGGUUUCAUGCUGAGAGUUAAGUUCACUAUCUUGACUUUAUAGUUAGGCAGUCUUAAAACCUGGCAGAGGCUUUUGGCAAAAUGUUCAAAAGACAUAUAUUUGAAAUAAUCACUAUCCAUUCUUUUUUAUUUGGGAUAAUUUCCUGAAAAGACUGCAUCUCUAGGACAAUGAGCUGGACUAUUUGGAUUGAGAAAGUGGUCCUGACUGCAAUAUGGUAGGCCAUGCAGUGGAUAAAGCAUUGGACUCUCAAAGAUGAGGUCUUGAGUUCUACCCUUGGCAUUGCAAAUACCAGAGUGAUGCUUUAGUUCUUUCUCUCCGAUCUCUCUCAUUAAAUAAAUAAAAUCUUUAAGAAAAAGAGAGAGAUUGAUUGAUCCUGGCUCUGGGGUAUGAAAGGCACUGCCUUUGAUGUAUAUUUAUAGACUUACAGGGACCAGGAUGUAGCUCAGUGGUAGGGUAUAUACUGCACAUCUGUGAAGCCCUGAGUUUGACCCAAACCAAACCUAAAGAAAACAAAGACUAGACCAGGCUAGCCUUAUAAUGUUUUGCUUCCUUGAUCUGGAUUCAUCCUCUGGAUUUUGAGUAAAAUCCCACAAAAUGUUCUAAAAAUGAAGUCCCUGGCCUAGCUAUAGAAGAGGGUUAGUGGUUAAAACAUUCAGAACAAGUCCAGUCUUCUCUUUGCCUGGGGUUGGCACAGUAGUUACAGAUAAUAAGAUGCUUUGGCAUUUAAAAGAUUAAACUGUGAACCCAAAAUCCACCUAAUACAAGUGAAAUGAAUAAAGUAGACUUGUACUCUAGCAGGAUCUUCACAGCCUCAUUGGCUGAUCCUACCCAUGUGGUGGAUUCUCCCUCACUGUGUUCUGUCUCACCCUUAAACUCAAGCAUUCCUUCCCUCACUUCUUUACCAAACCUGAGCAAAAUCCUUGAAUGUUCUGGCCCCACUGCCCCUGUUCCCUUACUUUGUACCAUCAGUGACCACCUGGAGGCCUCAAAAGUCUUCCUACACCAUUCAACACUGUGGGCCUCUUCUUCUUGAAUUUUGUUGCAUUGCUUUCUUCACCAUAAUUAUCUUCCUUUAUUCUCUUCCUAUGGCUUAGCUUUUUUCUACCCCUUAAGUAACUUGUUAAGGUUUUGACUUUCACAACUAUUAACUGGGGAGUCCUGGAUUCAUCUGGGGAAACAGUGAGUUAAGUCAGAAAUGGAAUAGGAAUCCUUUUUAUUUGAUCUGAUUUGGGUUUUUUGCAUUGUCUUAUAGUGAAACAGAUAUGACAUAAAUUUAUCGUUUUAACUUCGCAAAGUGGCAUUAAAUACAUUCACAAUGAGAAUUUCAUUUUUAACCCAGAGGAUUCUGAUGGCAGCAAAAUAGACUAUAUUAUGUUUGCUGAGGGGUCUUUAAUGUCUAUCUUGUCCUCUUCUAAAUAUUCCCUGGGGAAUAUGAUAGCACCCCCAAUGUUGGUAGCCCCACCUCCAUAGUUCCAAGUUAAUCUCUGUUCUUGUUUUUAUUUAUUUAUUUAUUUUCCAUUUUGUUACCCUUGUUGUUUUGUUGUUAUUAUUGAUGUCGUCGUUGUUAGGUCAGAGAGAAAUGGAGAGAGGAAAGGAAGACAGAGGGGGAGAGAAAGACACCUGCAGACCUGCUUCGCCUCCUGUGAAGUGACUCCCCUGCAGGUAGGGAACUGGGUGCUCAAACCAAGAUACUUAUGCCAGUCCUUAUGCUUCACUCCACGUGCGCUUAACCCACUACCCGACUCCCUCUUUUCUUGUUUUGUAACCACAUUCCCCCUAGAUAGUCCUUAGACACCUCAAAUUUAACAUAGCACAAAAGCAAACCUACUUCCUUCAUUCAAAUCCUCAUCCUGUCUCAAUUGUUGGUAUCUACCUAUUGCUCAAGCAACAAACCCGAGUUGACUCUUCUCACUUAUACUUUCCAUACUGACAUCCAGAAAACUCUACCAUAUGUAAGUAUGACACUGGGAGAGUACAUUGAAAACCUUGGCAUGUGCAAGUCCCUGGGUUCAAGCUCCAGUACCACACAGAAGCAUCAUGGAUGGUACCAAUAAGAGCUCCUUGGAUGAUAAGACUAGUGCUGAGGUGGCUCUCCCUUCUCUCAAGAAAAAAAAUGAAAAUUGGGCCCAGGAAGCUUAUCAGUACUAUUCAUGCCUGAACUCAUUGUUCACUGCCACAUAACAAUCACUUAAGUUAAAUGAAAUAACAUUUUUAAUUCAGCUCCUCAGUCAUGAUAGCCACAAAAAAUGUUAGUCCGGCUCCUCAAAGAUAAUAGCCAUAUUUCAAGUGUCCAGCAGCCACUGUGGCUGGCUCCUACCUAGUUGGAUAGUGCAGAUACAGAACAGUCCCAUCUUCACAGAAACAUUCUGUUGUUCUCAGCCUGUCAUCAAGACUUCACAUAUAAGCCACAUUGAGCUGCUCAGACUUGCUGUGCCUUUCAUACCUCUGACACUUGGCACAAACUUUCCAUCUGUUUCCCUCUUUCUCCUCUUAAGUUCCCUCUUUUGCAGCCUGGCUAAAGAGAAAAUAUGUCCUGAAAAAGGGGAUCAGGGGGACAGGUAGUGGCACACCUGGUUGAGUGUACAUGUUACAAUGCGUAAGGACCCAGGUUCAUGCCCCCAGUCCCCACCUGCAGGGUAUGUGGUGAAGCAGUGUUACAGGUGUCUCUCUGUCUUUCUCACUCUAUCACCUCCUUCCCUCUCGAUUUCUGGCUGCCUCUAUACAGUAAAUAAAGAGAAUUUUUUAGAAAUUUAAAAAAGAAAAGUGGAUCAGAUGUUGCAUUUUUGCCUUCUACCUCAGCAGCCAGAGCAGAGCAACAGCUAUGGCCCUGCGCUACCCUAUGACCAUCACCCUCAACAAGGGCCACAAAGUCACCAAGAACAUCAGCAAGCUGAGGCACAGCUGCUGCCACAGGCACUUCCCCAAACACACCAAGUUCGUGCGGCUUGGUCCAGGAGGUGUGUUGUGUGGCUUAGCCCCUAUGAGCUCUGUGCCGUGAAACUGCUCAAGGUCUCCAAGCACAAGGGAACAUGGCAAAAGGAAGCAGGAGGAACUGAGCAACACACUUCCCUCCUUGCUGCCCCCCACUCUGAAUAAAACCUGCUUUCUGAAAAAAAAAUAUAUAUAUUUAUGUGUAUGUGUGUGUGUUACAUUUUUUCACACAUCUCCCUCAACCCUACAGUACUUGGUAUUUGUUACUACAUGCUAUUAGGGAGUUUGCUUAGAAGCCUCUACUAUAGUAUUUAACUCAGAUUAUUACUGUUUAUAUUCCUCUUUCCCACAAUCACAGGGCUGAUCUUCUCAAGCCCAACUUGUCUUUGUAUCCUAAGCCUAGCCCAGUAUCUGACAUACGGCAGGCAACUGACAAUUACUAGUUGGAUGAAUACAUGAACAGAAGAAAUGUAGCUGAUUGAAGGAUUGAGAAGAGGGGCCAGGAGAUAGCUUACCCAGUAAAAUACACACUUUCCCAGUUUCUUUCUCUGUCUUUAUUUCCUUCUCAACCUCUCCCUUACCCUCUAUCUAAAAAUAUAAAAUAAAUAAAACCCUUAGGAGCUGAAGAAUUGUGCAGGUUCAAAGCCCUAGUGAUAACCCUGGUGACAAUUUUUUAAAAAGGAUUAAGAAGAAAAAGGAGGCAUAUAAUUAGGCAGAAGAUUGCCCAGGAAACCAAGAGAACAGAAAUGAGAAAGUUGACAGGGAGAUAAGCUUGGCCUUUGACACAGAAGUUUAAAGUAUGUUUUCUCAAGUAUCUUUAUCCAUGUUGAGGUCUUGGUUAAUGGUGGUUUGGGAGGAGAGAGCAGAUCAAGACUAGAUAUAAAACCUUGGAAGUCAGGCUGGCCAAAUAUCUAGUUUAAAUAGUGUGCCUACUCUGUUCAUCAUGAUACUCAGGUUCAAGUCCUGCCCCCACUGCAUUGGAGGAAUGUGCUGUGGUAUCUCCUUUGUCUCUUUCUGUCUAAAAAAGGUCACCCUUAAGUAGUGAAGCUCAGCUAACAACAACAAAAACUGGAAGUCAUUCAUAUAAAAUUACUGAGAUUUUACCGGUAAUAAACAUAGGUGUGAGAAGAGAGGGGUCAAGUCCUAUUAGGCAAGGGGAAAGGAGGAACCAAAAGAGGCCUGGCUGGGAACAGGAAAAUAAGAGAAGAAAAUUAUGUUGCACUUGCUUCAGCAGCACAUGUACUAAAAAUUAGGAUGAUCCAGAGAAGAUCAGCAUGACCCCUACAUAAGAAUGACAAGCAUACUCAUGAAAUGUUCCAAUAUUUUGUAUGAAUGAAGGCUUGUGAUUUUUAAAAAUUUUUAUUAUCUUUAUUUAUUGGAUAGAGAUUGACUGGCUUGUGAUUUUUUAAAAUUUUUAUU